GCCUGUGCGAAGACGUCGUUUGGGACUUCCAGUUUGGCAACAGGUUGUGUGUUCGAUAAAGAUGACAGGAAACCUCGACAGUGGACUGGCAUUCACACUACUGCUGGUGACCUCGACGAUGACCUUCACACAUGGAGAGACUCGAUAUUGCCGACCUGGAUUUUCCAGGCCUCAUCCCGCUCUAGCACGUCUGCACGCCAACUUCUGCCUGCUACUCCGCUGGGCCUACCCAGAACACUUUCCCAUGGGAAAACGAUCUGCUGACCGGGCAGCCCACCAUCCGCCCACAAUCACUUCCUCGCCCACCAUCCACGGCAUCCCACUGUCCGCUCUGGCCGAUGUGUCACUUACUGACCACGAGCAGCUCAGAACGAUGCUAUACCCCGACGCCUCAGGUGAG